GUUACACAGGCAAGCUCUAGAGACAAGGAAAUAUGGCGGACCAUGAGGAGGCAUUGUACUCUGGCCGACGCGAUGAUUCUCCCGUUGAUCACGACUCGAGAAAUGAGAGAGAAGGAAGCAGGGAAAGCGAUCACGACGAUAGAGAUCAGCGGAGAAGAGGUGGUGGAUACGAGCGGGAUCUGAGACGCGAAAGUCGACGCUUCGCUCCAUACCCUUCACAAGACGAGAGGUCAAGUUCGAGAGGACAAUCUGGUAGCGGAGGUAAAGAAUGCCGUGUUUACGUUUGGAAUCUUCCAUACCAAGUAAGAUGGCAGGAUUUAAAGGACUACAUGAAGAAAGCAGGUGAAGUGGGAUUUGUCGACAUCAUAGUAGACAGUCGAGGAAAAUCAAAGGGAUGCGGUGUUGUUCAAUUCCGGCAUAGAGAAGAUGCAGAGAAAGCAAUUAAAGAACUUCAUGGUACUGAAUUCAAAGGGAGAACGAUCCACAUACGAGAGGUUGGUCAACUAUUUUUACCUAUAGAUGUGCAAUGCAGCACCGGUACAGGUGUACAUGUAUGUGCAUGUUUGCUUGUUGGUAUAGAACAGUUUUCAGUUGAGUGUUGUAGAAACCAAAACCAAAGUUAUCUCUCUUGCUCCAAUGAACCAAUCAGACAAGGAAAUAUGGCGGACCAUGAGGAGGCAUUGUACUCUGGCCGACGCGAUGAUUCUCCCGUUGAUCACGACUCGAGAAAUGAGAGAGAAGGAAGCAGGGAAAGCGAUCACGACGAUAGAGAUCAGCGGAGAAGAGGUGGUGGAUACGAGCGGGAUCUGAGACGCGAAAGUCGACGCUUCGCUCCAUACCCUUCACAAGACGAGAGGUCAAGUUCGAGAGGACAAUCUGGUAGCGGAGGUAAAGAAUGCCGUGUUUACGUUUGGAAUCUUCCAUACCAAGUAAGAUGGCAGGAUUUAAAGGACUACAUGAAGAAAGCAGGUGAAGUGGGAUUUGUCGACAUCAUAGUAGACAGUCGAGGAAAAUCAAAGGGAUGCGGUGUUGUUCAAUUCCGGCAUAGAGAAGAUGCAGAGAAAGCAAUUAAAGAACUUCAUGGUACUGAAUUCAAAGGGAGAACGAUCCACAUACGAGAGGAUAGUUUUGAAGAAAGUGACAGACGUAGCAGGCCUUCUUCUAAAGGAUCAGACCUUCCGUCUCUUACUGGAGGGAGCAUGUCACUCGGCAACACUUUUGGAAGUGGACUUGGGAGUGGAAAUCUUGGCCUGGGGGGUGGAACUGGGCCUCUGGGAAACCUUGGUGGACUCCUAGGCUUGGGAAACCUUUCAGCUGCUCAGGGAAUCAAUUACCGAACUGAUGCCUUGUCUUGCACAGUGUUUGUCAGCAAUCUUGACUACAAUGUAACUUGGCAGAAACUUAAAGACACAUUCAGAGGAGCUGGGAAUGUUAUUCGUGCAGAUAUCAAUCUGGACUCUGACAAUAAAUCCAAAGGAUUUGGCACUGUACAAUUUGAAACAGCAACAGAGGCCAUUAAUGCAGUCUCUAUGUUUCAUGGCCAGAUUCUCAGUGACAGGGCUAUGAGUGUCAGACUGGACCGCAACGCACCCAUCAUGCAGCAGUUAGGCAAUGUGGGCAUGAACAACACAUCCAUGGGCCGAGCAGGAGGUAACAUGAACCCCAUGGCUGUCCUUCAACUGUUUCAGAGUCUCCAAGGGCUCAGUACACUUGCUCAGUUGACNACUCCCCUUGGGAUAUGCUGCCAUGCAGCUAUGUUUCAUGGCCAGAUUCUCAGUGACAGGGCUAUGAGCGUCAGACUGGAUCGCAAUGCACCCAUCAUGCAGCAAUUAGGCAAUGUGGGCAUGAACAACACAACCAUGGGCCGAGCAGGAGGUCACAUGAACCCCAUGGCUGUCCUUCAACUGUUUCAGAGUCUCCAAGGGCUCAGUACACUUGCUCAGUUGACCAGCAAUCUUGGUGCAUUGAGUGGUAACGGCGGUGGUCUGACUCCUGGUGGGGGUAUGGGCAACAUUGCUGGAGGUGGUGCUGCUGGUAUGCCGGACACCUCUGGCGCUAAUCCUCUGGCUGCACUUGGUGGAUUGGGGAUGCUAGGGAACACUCUUGGGCUCGGUGGCGGAGGAGGUGGGGGCAGUAGUGGGAUUGGUGGGCUCGGUUCAUCACACCAUAGUGACGGCGGAACCUCGGGAAGGCAGGUGUUUGUGAGGAAUCUUCCUUGGCGGUACACCUGGCAAGACUUAAAGGACAAGUUCAAAGGAGCAGGAAGAGUGGUUCGUGCGGACAUUAUGACAGAAUCCAGUGGAAGAUCCAAGGGCUGUGGUACAGUUUUGUUUGAGACUUCUGAGGACGCCGCUCAUGCAAUAAGUAUCCUUUUGACCUGCAAAUGUGGAUUGUUACAAUGUUUGUUGUUUCAAAAAAUGUUCAUACCCCUCUGUGGGGGCAGUAGUGGGAUUGGUGGGCUCGGUUCAUCACACCAUAGUGACGGCGGAACCUCGGGAAGGCAGGUGUUUGUGAGGAAUCUUCCUUGGCGGUACACCUGGCAAGACUUAAAGGACAAGUUCAAAGGAGCAGGAAGAGUGGUUCGUGCGGACAUUAUGACAGAAUCCAGUGGAAGAUCCAAGGGCUGUGGUACAGUUUUGUUUGAGACUUCUGAGGACGCCGCUCAUGCAAUAAGUAUGUUUAAUGGAGCAUUGAUUGAUGGUCGUGAAAUUGAUGUGAGGAUGGAUCGGUUAGGCUGAAGUGAGGCAUGCUGCUGGGCUUGAAGGCUUUGUGGAAUGAAGAUUGCCAUUGCAUAAUGCUUUCCUGUGGCUUGUGCUUGACUUUGUUGAUCUUCUGAUUGUCUAGUUCUUAUAUAGUGGAUUCGACAUGUAGAAUUGGCCUGUAAAUAGAAGUCAUCCAUUUAAUGGGUCGUGGAGCACUUCAGCAUGAUGGAUUGUUGGAAAUUCUUUAGUCGAAGCAAGGUUAAGUGCUCCCUGGUUCACUUUUAUCUGGGCUUUGAAGCAUUGUUUUAUUUUGCAUACCCAUUCGAGUUGGUUCACGGAAGUGUCCAGGUUUGUGACUUACAGGAAAAUAAUGUCUUCAACAAUUUUGGAUGCACUAUCCCUUUUCCAUUGACUUUGGAGUCACUUGCGUACACUUCCAUUCCAUUUUGUUGUGAGCAGACAUCAAUUCAGUCUGCCAGUUGCAGAAUACCUGCAGACAUUGUCUGGUCUUACAUUGAUGAAUUAUUUUUAUCAUUUUACCAAUUGAUUUAUUUUACCUUAUUCUCAAGGAAACAUCACUUGGUAUUUUACAUGUGUUGAAACAAAAGCUGUUAUUUAGUGCACAGAUAUGUGGUUAUCUUUAAUUAGGCACAUCUUACAUGGAAACAUUGUUGCUCACUUUAAGGUUGAGACAGUUGUUGUAGAGAUCAAACGUCUGGUAAAAUGACAUUGAAAUGAA